GCCAGGUGACCUUGGCAGGCAGAGCCGGGCUGCGCUCGCCGCCGGGGAAGCUGGGUGCGGAGACGGCCGAGAUGGUGGAGGACGGCGGCGAGGAGGAGGCGGAGGGGGAGAGCGGGGAGGUGCCGGCGGCCGCGGCCCCGCUGCAGCGCUGCAAUGGCUUCCUGCCCGGCAAGGAGGCGGCGGGCGGCGGCCGGGAGGCGGGCGGCGGGCAGCGGGCGGCCCCGGAGGCCGAGGAGAUGCUGGCGGCGGACGGCGUGAGGCGGGAGGCGCGGCUGGAGACGCGGCUGUCGCGGCGGCGGCUGGCGGUGCUGGCCGUGUUCAGCUGCUACUCGCUGGUGAACGCCUUCCAAUGGAUCCAGUACAGCAUCCUCAGCAACGUCUUCUCCAGCUUCUACGGCGUCUCCUCCAGGGAGAUCGACUGGCUGUCCAUGGUGUACAUGGUGGCCUACCUGCCGCUGAUCCUGCCUGCCACCUGGCUGCUGGACGCCCGCGGGCUGCGGCUCACAGCGCUGCUGGGCGCGGGGCUCAACGCGCUGGGCGCCUGGCUCAAGUGCGGCAGCCUGGCCCCGCAGCGCUACCCGCUCACCCUGGCCGCCCAGGCCGUCUGCGCCGUGGCCCAGGUCUUCAUCCUGGGGCUGCCCUCUCGCAUCGCCUCCGUCUGGUUCGGCCCCACCGAGGUCUCCACCGCCUGCGCCGUGGCUGUGCUGGGCAACCAGCUUGGUACUGCAAUUGGCUUCUUGUUGCCACCUGUUUUGGUCCCAAAUACACCGAAUGAUAUUGAUCUUAUGGCACAUAACAUCAGCAUCAUGUUCUAUGGAACAGCGAUAGUGUCCACACUUCUGUUCUUCAUAGCAGGAGUUGUGUUUGAAGAAAAGCCCAAAUACCCCCCCAGUCACUCUCAAGCAGUCCUGCAAACCAAACCUCCCGAGGAUUACUCCUACAAGCAGUCCAUUAUUAACUUGUUCAAAAAUAUUCCAUUUAUACUUUUGCUAAUCAGUUAUGGUAUUAUGACUGGGGCAUUUUAUUCUGUUUCCACAUUAUUAAACCAGAUGAUAGUAACUCAUUAUGAGGGAGAAGAAGUGAACGCUGGGAGAAUUGGCUUGACACUGGUGGUGGCAGGAAUGGUGGGUUCGAUUAUUUGUGGUUUGUGGCUGGAUUACACUAAAACAUACAAGCAAACCACUUUGAUUGUUUACAUUCUCUCUUUCAUUGGGUUGCUGGUAUUUACCUUCACCCUGGACCUCGGAUACCUUAUGGUGGUGUUUGUGACUGGAGGAGUGCUUGGGUUCUUCAUGACUGGCUAUCUUCCACUUGGCUUUGAAUUUGCUGUGGAAAUUACAUAUCCAGAGUCUGAAGGCACUUCCUCAGGUCUCCUUAAUGCAUCAGCACAGAUAUUUGGAAUUAUCUUUACACUUGUUCAAGGAAAGCUCACUACAGACUACAGUCCUCGUGCAGGAAACAUCUUUCUUUGUGCUUGGAUUUUUGUGGGCAUUAUUUUAACAGCCUUAAUAAAAUCAGAUUUGCGAAGACACAACGUGAAUUCAGGGAUUAUGAACUUGGAUGUUAAAGCUGUACCAGUUGACAGUCCUGUAGAACCUGAGAGCACUGCAUUAAAGAUUCAGUCAGAUUUAUGAAGCUGAAGGAGGGGGCCUCAGAAACUCACAAGACUGGUUAGAUGUGGAAUGAUAUGAGCUAGUGUAAUCACUGGAUUUGUGUGUAUGAGUGGUGACUUGUGUUUGUGGAUUUUGGUGGUAGUUGUGUACUGGAAGCUAUGAGGAUGCUCAGUUCAUUUUGCUCAAGAUGCGAAGAAUUCACCUUUGUAUGGAAUAUUUAUUUUAACAUUUUCAAGUCUUGCAGUUUCCUUAGUAAAGAACUGUGUGAACACUCUCCACAGUAGGGAGAUGUGCAUUCAGGAUGCAUACUUGAAAAAAAUCAGGAGUCUUGAAGUACAGUUGUCAUGAUCAGAAGUAUCUAAUCUUUUCUUGUUCAGUCUUGCUGGUGCAUUUGAAAAGUCAAAGAGUAGGGAAAUGCACAGCAGGAGGAUGUUCACGAGUUCAUUUUUUAUUUUAAAUGUAUCUGUAUUUGAAUAUAAGCCAAUGAUUCCUUCUGAAAAAGUGAUAGCACAAUACUGAAAACAAGAGAUGACGUGUGUGUUUCAUACUGGCAUCUGACAUUUCUUUUGCCUUGAAACUUCUUUAUGGGUAUCAAAAGGCAGAUAAGAGAAAACACUGUUUUUGCUAUAGCUUCAUUGUAGCGUUUCUGGGGAGAUUUAAAAAGUUUCUCCCUAGAUAAAUUGGAGAAAAAACAUUUCUUAUUAAAUACAGUAAAAAGGAGGACAAAGGCCUUUGAUAUCUCUGUUGUGAAAUAUUUAUAAGCAAUGGAACACUACCACACAAGUUUCCUCCACAGAGUAUUUUGAGUGCUUUCUCAUUUAAAGAGAGAGGAGUACGUGUUUACAAAGAGCCAGUGCCUUUACUUUGUAGAGAAGAUCCCUGCCUCAUCUUGAGUUUAAUCAGUGCUGCUGAAGAAAUUCCAUUUUGUGUGUUAAACCUCUGAAUAUUUGUGGAGUAUCAGAAAACGUGUUCUGUCCUUUUUAUGAAUUGUAUCACUUGUCUCAUGUGAAAUUCCUGUGCUUGUGUAACUUAAAUCAUGUAUUUUGCAGUUAGUUAAAAGCUGUAAGGAUGACUGAAAAGAAAACAGUGACAUUUUCACUAUUUCUGAUCAAAUAUUUUCUUUUAUACCAUUUUAGCUGCAAAAUGAGCAGACGUUAUUAACAGUAACUUUUUGUUACUUCUUUAGCUGUAUUUGGGAUGGGGGUUUUUCAGUGCAGUGCUUUUGAAAAUUUUCUCCUUUACCUUGUGCCCUACCUACACACCCACAGAACUGAUAGCACUACAAUACUAUUGCUGGGACAGUCAGACCUGGGUAAGUGGACUUUUUGGAAACAUUUCAUUUUUAGCUCAGCAAACUGAGCCUGCAAGUUCAGUGCCAUCAGUGAUGCUGCAUCUCUGAGUUCCCACAGUUCCCACAGUCCUCAGUGCCAUCCAGAAGGUGCAAUCCUGCUCAAAGUUUUCCACAGGUUGUUACAGUUGGGGAUGGGGAAUUGUUUAACUCUGUGCUGGGCUAGGUAAUUUUCUUCACAGUGGCUGGCAUGGGGCUGUGUUUUGGAUUUGUGCUGAUCACAGGGCUGGUACUACAGAGAUGUUUUAUCCUUGCUGAGCAGGGCUUGCACAGAGCCAAGAACUUUUCUGCUUUUCACUCGUCAGAAAAGGUGAGGAAGUUGGGAGUGCAUGGGAUCUUGGGAGGAGACACAGCCAGGACAGGUGACCCCAGCUGACCAAAGGGACAUUCCAGACCAUGUGGCAUCAUGUUCAGUGUAUACAGUGGGGGGCAGAAGGAGGAAGGGAGGGAUGUUUGGAGUGAUGGUGUUUUCUUCCCAAGCAGCCAUUGCCCUUGGUGGGGAUGGCUGAGCACCUGCCUGCCCAUGGGAAGCAGUAAAUUAAUUCCUUGGUUUUAUUUGCUUGUGUGUGUGGCUCCUGCUUUCCCUAUUAAGCUGUCUUUAUCUCAUCCCAUGAGUUUUCCAGUUUUUACCCUUCUGAUUCCAUCCUCAAUCCCACUGGUGAGGAAGGGAGGGAGCAAGCAGCUGCCUGGGGCUUGGUGGGUGGCUGGGGUUAAACAACAACAAACUCCAGGAUAGUCUCUAAUCACAAUAAAUAUAAUUAAAAACUUUUCUUUUUCUUAUUUCACUGUAGACCCAGGAAAAUCUUUUUGUAUAAAAAGGGCCAUGAAAACUUAUCUUUCUAAGCUGAGCCUCUAAAUGUGAUGAUCUCGAUUUAAACAUUUUGUGUGAUAAAUGCUUUAGAUAGGGGAAGACCUAUCAUAAUAAACUAAGCAUGCUUGGAACACGUGCCUUUCCAAAAAGGGUUCAUGUCUCUUUGCCAGGUCCAGUGCUAAGGAGAAAAUGGCCAGGCCUUGCUGCUCCUGGGGAGGUGAACUCUAGAAGAGUCUACUGCUGAAGCACCUGAAUAUAGGGACAGUCACUCUUGGCUAUUCAGAUGGCAGGCAGGAGUAUGGGGGUGAAAGUAGAGAUGCUGUCAUUAUGUCAGCCCUGAUAAUAACGUGCCAAAAAAUAUCUAUGUUUUUCAUCAAGAUACAGAUACAGAAAAUAUUUAUGUUCAUGACCCAUGCAUGGUUGCUUUGACUUUUGGUGUCGCAAAACCUUAACAAGAUAAUAUUUUUGUAGUUUUGGGGAAUUGUUUUUAAAUGUCCAGUAGAGUCUUUGGCAGUAUCCAGGAUGUUUGCUGACCUGUUCUGUAUACACUGUUCAAAAUAAGAUUGAGUAUUUUUGUUCCAUUCUUAAAAUUUAUUUUUCAAAUCCUUGCUUCACUGCUAGUUUCCAGUUUCUUUAGUUAUGUUCAGCUGAUUAUUGAAAAAAUAUUCUAGUUCUGGCUCCUUGUUUUUUUUUAUCUUCUGCCAAAUUACUUGGCUACCUUCUGAAAAGGUUGAAAGAAGAUUUGGCUUGCUGGAAACCCUGCUGGGUCCCUGAAAACAAAAUAUUCCUAAUAAUGAAGGCUUAAUUACAUCCUGGAUUUAUUAUUCCCCUUCUAAAAGGAGCUUGAAAGUUGGAAACCUAUGAGCUAUUUUCAGGCAAUGAUAAAGUAUUUUAAUGAAAGGCUCAGCAGCAGAAUAAAGAGCAAAUAAAGAGCAAAUCAGUAUUUUUUGUGCAAUAGUCUUAUCUGUCAAGAAAUUGAAGUUCUAGCUCAAGGCAGAAAUAAAUCUGGAGUAGUUGAGGCUUUGUGGUUUUUGCUUUUAAUUUUUGGGUUUUAGCAGAAAACAUCCACUCAACCAAACAGAGAAUCAUAGAACGUUAAAAGCUUGGAAGGGACCUCAAAGAUCACCUGGUCCCAACCCACCUGGCAUGGGCAGGGACACCUCCUACUAGACCAGGAUGCACAAGGCUCUAUCCAGCUUGGCCUUGGACUCUGCUAUGGUUGGGGUGUCCACAACCUGCCUGGGCAACCUGUUCCAGUGUCUUACCAUCCUUACAGUAAAAAAUUUAUUCCUGAUAUCUAAAUUAAAUUUCUCCUCUUUCAGUUUGUACCCAUUUCCUCUUGUCCUAUCACUACAAUUCCUGACAGACUCCCUCCCACUUCCCUGUAGUUCCUCUUCAGAUACUGGAAGGUUGCUAUGAGUUCUCCAUGCAACCUUCUUAGCCUGGAAAUUCCACAUGCAUUUGGAAUUGCAAAUAGGGUUUCUGACUCUAAACCUUCAGAUCCUGGCUCAGCCCCCCAGCAAGAGUAGAGCUGGGGGCUAAAAGUCCUAGCUGCUUAAAAAAAGCAAUUGUAUCAUGAGUGGAAUUGCACAUCAACUAGGAGAGGAUGGUGUAAGAAACCAAGUGAGAACAGGCACAUCCCAGUCCCAUGCAUCAGCUUUUGCUUUUCAAUUUGCUUUUUUCCCCUGAGUCAUUCAGGAGAGCACUGGAGGAUGCAAGAGAACACACAGUGGGGAGCAUAAACAAGGGGACUGCCCCCAAGUUCCCAGGAGCCCAGCAGGUUGUGCAAUUGACAACUUUCAGCUCCAAAAUUCAGAGAUUAGCAUUAAUAUUAGUUCUUAGUAUGUGUUUCUUCCCAGCCACAUUAAACUUUUGGUAAUUUCAGUGGAAGAGACUCAGAGAACAUUGACACAUUUUUAUUUAGGAUUCCUGCCACGGCCUUAAACCCCUCAUUUCUAUUGGGUGGGUGUGAAAAUACCAGACCUGUAGGAUGGAAUCUGGAUUUGCUGGUAGGUAAGUCCCUCAGAACAAGUAUUUGUAGAUGGGUGCUUGUCUUUAGUAACAUCUCUUUCUGCUGCUAGAUGCCCAUGGUUUAUGAGGAAGAAAGAGCAAGGAAAGAGGUAGCAACAAUACAUAUGAGUCAUUUUAGAUUAAUAGUGGUGCCUUGAGAGGCUACCUAGAACAGAGGCUAGACAGUGUAAAAGGAAUGAAGUAGGUAUUUGUUAGGAAGGCCUUCAAAGGAAACACCUUGGGCAGUACAAGAGCCUGGCCAGGGCUACACCCAAGAUGGGCAAUGGGUCACACAUUUUCACACUCUUAUAAGAUUUGGUCCAUUUACAUUUUGGGGUUAAUUGUCCAAUUACAGCUUCAGGUUAUGAAGUCCCAUCCUCCCAGAUUGCUCUCCUCAGAUUUUUGGGUCUGAAGCUGCAAUGGUGCCCUUGGUUCUCAGGCUGGAAAAGGAAGUUUUGGUCAAACUAAACUGUGAAGAGAAUUUGCUACCACGUUACAUGAACUUCAGAGUUAUAUACUAAUGCAGUACAGAAUUUGGAAAAUAUGAAAGCUAAAACUUAAGGCAUCAAAUAGGGCUUUCCUAGCUCAGCCUCUUGGUUAUCUCUUGUUCAAGGCAGUCUGUUGUUUCAGAGACAAUCAGUGGAGUGUGUAAUUAGAGCUGCCAGCCCAUGUUGCCUAAUGAAAAAAUGUUUUUUUGAGAAAUAUUUGUACUACCUUGUGCAUCUACAACCAAGUGAAAUUGGGUUAAGCUGUAAACAUUUAUUGUUUUCCAUUUUGUGAACUCACUGGUUUUACUGUGUGAAUGGGAGUGUGUGACCUUUACAGUUGCUGUCUUUCAAUACUUGUAUGUACCUCCUUCUCAAAUGUUACAGGCCAUUGAUGUUUCAUGGAGCACAAGGUGUCAUUAUACACAAAAAUGUGUGAUUGCCCCAGCCCCACCAUUCGGUCUGAAUUCUGUGAAGAGGGAGAAGUGAUGUUAAUGCAGGAAUUGGAAUGAAUUAAGCAAAAAAACUUCCUAAGAGAAAUGUAUUUCUUUGUAAGACCCAUGCUACUUACUGCUCACACCUUUGUUCUACUCAUGAAGAUAACUAAUGUGUUUUACUGUAAUAUUUUGGUUUUGUUAGUGUCCAGUUCUUUAUUUCAAGAGAAAAUUUAAAGUUCUUAAUGAAUAUUCUCUGAUUGCAAUACUGUAUGUAUGUGUAUAUGUGGAUGGCAUCAUUCCUUACCAUUCUAUGUUACUAAUAAAGUGUAUAAUGCCUAAAUUGA